AUUGAUCCAUGGGAAUUAUUCAGUUUAUACUGGCCAAUUAUCCUUCUGUGGUCAGUUCUACAUAAAUCCUGAAAGGGGUAACAGCACAACUUAGUAGUCAGGACUUUCCUUAAGAUGAAUGGCUUCAAUAACGUCCCUGGAAAACCGAAGACUAUUUUCCUAGAUGUUAAGCCUACUGUGGACCAGCAGCGGAGAUAUUCUAGUGCCUUAAAUACUAAUCGGAAAAGUGUUGUUCUUUAUGGUGCAGAUGGAGUAUUGAAUUCAGCAGCCAAUCGCCAAUAUGCUACGGAUAUCGUUUUUCAGAGCAUCCGCCCUGCGUUCGCAUUCCUGAAGACGAUAGGUGUAUUUCCAAUCACUAGGAAUGCACCAGGCCAGGCUUAUUUCAAACCGUUUACAGCAGCCUUUGCGUAUUCAGUGGCAAUUUUUUCUCUGAUCCUUACCUACGUGUGCUAUGUUACAUAUAUGCGAAUCGGAAUUAUAAGCAAUUUAGAAGGACGUUUUGAAGAAGCUGUCAUAGCGUACCUCUUUCUGGUAAACAUCCUUCCGAUUUUCAUAAUACCGCUGAUGUGGGCUGAAACGAAAAAAAUAGCGUCAGUGAUGAAUGACUGGAAUGAUUUUGAGAUCCUAUUUUAUCAAGUAUCAGGACAACCUCUUCCGCUUGACCUUCGCGCAAAGGCAUUGGUUUUAUCGAUUGUCCUGCCCAUUUUAUCGAUUAUUUCUGUUGUCAUAACGCACAUAACAAUGGCUGAUUUUCGAUUUGUGCAGGUCGUACCCUAUUGUCUCUUGGACAAUUUGACAGUCAUGCUCGGCGCGUAUUGGUACUUGCUUUGUGAAGUACUUAGUAAGUCUGCCUUCAUUCUCGCGGAAAAUUUUCAGAAGGCACUCAAACAUAUUGGCCCGGCUGCAAUGGUUGCUGACUACCGAUCACUAUGGCUGCGUUUGAGCAAAUUGACUCGGGAUACUGGAACGGCAACUUGCUACUCUCUUACAUAUCUCAAUCUCUAUUUGUUCUUCAUCAUCACUCUAUCUAUAUAUGGACUUAUGUCUCAAAUGUCUGAAGGAUUCGGUGUCAAAGAUAUUGGUCUCGCAGUCACAGCUAUUAGCAGUGUAUGCUUGCUUUUCUUCAUCUGCGAUGAAGCCCACUAUGCUUCACAACACGUAAGGACCAAUUUUCAGAAGAAGCUUUUGAUGGUCGAGUUAAGUUGGAUGAAUUCGGACGCACAAACUGAAAUCAACAUGUUUUUAAGGGCAACAGAAAUGAAUCCCUCGAACAUAAAUUGCGGCGGAUUUUUCGAUGUGAAUCGAAAUCUCUUCAAAACACUCCUGACUACGAUGGUUACAUAUCUGGUAGUGCUGUUGCAGUUCCAAAUAAGCAUCCCUGAAGACGCUGGUUUGGAAAGCAAUUCUACAAAACCAAUGUAGAAAAGAAAUUCUCAUUCGACUUCACUAAGUGAUAACAUGGAAACUACUUUUGUAAACUUUAGAAAUAAAUAUAAAUUUAUUUCAUUAUAAACAAAA